AUGUGUGAACAAGACCUGACCUUGGAUUAUGUUACUGGUCAACUGCUGGAGGAAUGGCAGAGGCGUGACGGGAAGCAGUUGUCGGCUCCGAGUGCUUUGACAAGUGAUCGGCUUGUGAGGAAUGCAGGCAACAUUCCAGAGGAGAAGCAGCCAAAACAACGUACACGAGCGACAGCCAGGGAGGAAUCUGCAUUUGCUGUACGGCGCUGUUACAAGUGCUGUUCUACUUGGCAUCUGAGGAAGCAGUGUCUGGAGGAGGCUGUAUUCGAGGGUCAAAGGCAUCGGAAACAGCAGAGAAAGUCUGGAAAGAGGAGGCAGAUGGUACAAUUCGUGACGGCGGUGGUCGAGUGUCCUGAAUGGCGAAACACCUAG